GUAGUAAGUUCCUGUUUUGCGCUAGCCCGCUGCUCACGUUGUCUUCACUAUUGCGGAGCUGAGUGAUGAUCUAGGGUGGAAGUGAGCUUUGAAUUGAAUGUUUGCAGUCUAUGUUAUGUUCUUAUUUUUGUUUCUGGUUUCGCUACCAUUUAUUCAUCUGUUUCUUUCCUGCCCUCUCGUUCUUUGUUUCGUUUCUCCUUCAUUCUCUGCUCCUCUCCUUCCUAUGUCCCUUGAGCGCAGAGACUGAUACCAAUAAACCCACUGCACAGCAGCACUCUCUAUCUUGCAGCGGACGACACCUCCACACAGGAGUCUGCGACAGGAGAACACAGCGGGAGUCGUGUUAUUUGUUGCCCUUGUGGAUGGCACAUGCACAGGAAGUGUCAUCGUCAUUUUCGCUGCCCUAUUAUCUCCGAUGCGUAGGAUCCCUUUACAUAGGCUGCCGUCCGAGCGAGUCAUGGAUGUCCGUGUUCAGAUAUCUGCAACCCCACUGGGGAGAAAGUCAGGGAGAAGUUUCUAUUCGUGUCGAAUCUCGAUACGACAGGGAAAGGUCGUGUAAUUGCAUUACGAUGCUUCGGUGAGGACUUGGUUGCGGUAGAAGAUGCGAGCUAUGGCAUCUGCGAAUUCUGGUGCUGUAUAGGGAUGUCAGGCUGAUGACAGCAAAAUGUCUGAGUCGAAGUACUGAAAUCGAUCUCCGCUCUCCUAGCCAUUCUCAGUGCCUAAUGCCAUUGGACAAGCAGCCGCUCAGAUAAAUGUCAAGGA